AUGGGGCGUGAAUGGGUAUGGUUGGAUUCUGAACAAGACUAUCCCAAUGACUCUGAGUUGAGCAACGACUGCAGGUCCCUCUUCAGCUCAUGGGACUCCAGUCUGGAUCUUGAUAUGGGCAGCUGGAGGGAAACUGAGGAGCCAGGGGCUGAGAAACUAGAGGAAAGCAGCCCAGGGAGAGCAUCUAGUGAGCUGCUUGUGGGGGACGGAGGCAGUGAGGAGUCUCAGGAAGAGGCAGAGCAAGUCAGCAGUCAGAAUCUCCUCCACUUUCUCUCUGAGGUAGCUUAUUUAAUGGAGCCAUUAUGCAUUAGCAGCAAAGAAUCACAUGAAGGCUGCUGCCCUUCAUCUGGUACCAGACAACAAGAAAGAAGGGAAAUUGAAGCUAUUGAAGGAGAAGGGGAGCCCUGCAGAGAUCCUGAAGAACUUUCAGCCAAGGCAGACCCCUUGGUAGCUGAGAAGAAGUCACUGGGAGAAAAUGGAAGGCUACAGGUGGCCCCAACUCCCUCAGAUACUUGUGCAGUUCAGGCACAACCCACAGAGAAUGAAGAGGGAGAGGUUCAGCAAGAAUCCAAAGGGGAGGACCAGGGUGAAGGGUAUGUGUCAGAGAUGGAAGACCGGCCCUCCACAGGUGAGUGUGCCGCUGGCUUCAGCGUCCAGGCUGCUCCUCUGGUGGAUAUGCUUUACAGCCAUGCCCCCUCAAAGCCUCUGUCUGAUUUAAGCCAGAGCGAUCCUGUUCAGGAUCACUUGCUAUUUAAGAAGACUGUCCUGUCAGUCUGGAAGAUGAUUGCCAGUCACAGGUUCAGUGGUCCAUUUCUGAAGCCUGUGUCAGAAAGGCAGGCCCCAGGAUACAAGGAUGUGGUGAAAAGACCCAUGGACUUAACGACCCUGAAAAGGAAUCUGUCUAAGGGACGGAUUCGCACCAUGGCACAGUUCCAGCGGGACCUGAUGCUGAUGUUCCAAAAUGCUGUGAUGUACAAUGACUCUGAUCAUCAUGUGUACCAUAUGGCUGUGGAGAUGCAGCGAGAAGUCUUGGAGCAGAUUCAGGUGCUGAGUACUUGGUUAGUCAAAAGAAGAGACUUAAAUAGUCCAGAAUGAGAAUCAGCCAACCCAGUGCGUGAUGGAAAACCUGUUUGGUUAACCUGGAGCUGCUACCCUGACCCUUUCUGAAAUUUGGACCUCUCAUUGAGACUCUGACCCAGAGAAGGUCCCAGCACUUGUCUAUCAUUUCCCUGUUGUCUUUUCUAAUAAUAAGGCCUUAACUCACAACCAAAGGUACCUGUGGACAAAAUAUAAGGGAAAAGGGGCAAGCUGUGAUUUGGGGUUAUACCAUAAAUGUUGCCCGUAUCUUGUUCCAUAGGCUUAAUUUAGAGGUAACUAGUUUAAACCGCUUAUUACUGCUCUAUAAAUAAA